CAUCUAAGAACCAACUAAUAUCAAGGAAGAGCAUGAAUAUAAUUACUAUUAUUUGUUUGUUGUCAAUUUCUGGGAUAACUGCAAACUAUACGCCAAAAAAAGAAUUCGUGCAUUCGGAAUUCUUUGAUCGAUUCGACAAAAAGAUAUCUCUGAUUGAAGCAAGGAAGUUCAAAUUUCCGAAACAAGAGGGAUUCGUGUCCAAAAAAUACCCGAAAUGUGAUCAAAUGAGAUAUACUUCCGGUCCAGACAAAUUUUGUUCCGCGAAUGGUGAUGAAAAACACUCUACUUGUGGAGAUAGAAAAUGUACUCACAUAUCUUACUACGGUUCCACAAAAUGUAAUCCACAAGUCAAAUUGUUCAAACCUUUCAAACACUACGGUGUUGAGUGCAAGACGUCGAAGAAAACUUGUGGUAACGACAAAAGGAACUAUGGACGAGGGGAUAUCUUGUAUCCAGACCCUCAUAGAUCACACGGUUCUGCUGAAGACUCUUGCGAAUGUCAAACUAUCUGGUGCUUGGAUGAAAUUAUGUCAAUUUAUGAAAAAGGUGGCAAAUUGUUCAAAGGAAACGUCACAGUGAAGACUCCGUGCAAAUGUGAAUGCAGAAGAAAAUUUCUUAUGAUGGGACCUUAUGGAGGCGGCGGCAAAUAAUAAAUUUUAUAUAUAUACAUGUUUUUGAUCUUAAGCACAAUCUGUAUAUCAUUGCAUUGGGCAUUCAUAAAAUAUAUGAAUCUGAGAAAAAUAUUAUUCGACCGUGUUUUUUUUCAUUCUG